AUGGCUCAAAACCAGGCGGACGAGCUCUUGCGACGGCCGUUAUAUGUUUACGAUCUUCCGCCGGAAAGUCUGGUGGGCUUGACGCUGAAGCCGGACGCAGACGCCAUCGCCAUCGCCGAAACUGCAACCACAACACCCUCCAACCAGACCUCAGACGCGUCUUCCGAUAGCUUUGUCGGCUCUCAAGCGUGCUCUCUCUGCAAGCUCUCCUUUCCUACCGUGAUAGACCAACGAAGUCAUAUCAAGUCCGAUUUUCACAACUACAACCUUAAACAGAAGCUGCGGGGGCAGAGCCUGGUCUCGGAAGCCGAGUUUGAAAAGCUGAUAGAAACUUUGGACGAGUCACUAUCUGGAUCUGACUCGGACGACUCGGAAGAAGAUGAGGAUGAAGGGCGCCAGGAGUCUACGCUGACGGCGCUGCUCAAGAAACAAGCAAGGCUGACGGAGAAGCGAAAUGGCGGCAAAGACAGCAAUGAAGACGGCGACGACGAAAUCGGUGGGCGCCCGGGUAAAGGCAAACCGCCACUGAUAUGGUUCAGCUCGCCUUUGCUUCCGGAGAAUACAUACUUUGGCAUUUACCGAGCUAUAUUUACCGAGAAAGAGCAAACCCAGCCUGAUUUGGUUGAUGUUAUCAGGACGAAGCAGCUCGAGCCUAUAGCUAUGCCAAAACCCGCCAAAGACGGGACACUGCCGCCUAUCGCGUACAAAGGGCCUCACUUCUUUCUCUGCAUGAUUGGAGGCGGUCAUUUUGCGGCCAUGGUCGUCUCCUUGGCGCCGAGAUCAGCAAAAUCCGGCAGCACCACCAUGAAUCGAGAGGCUACAGUUCUCGCCCACAAGACCUUUCAUAGAUAUACGACGCGUCGGAAGCAAGGUGGUUCCCAAUCAGCCAACGACAAUGCCAAGGGAAAAGCACACUCUGUCGGUUCAUCUUUACGUCGUUACAACGAGACUGCCCUGGUAGAGGAUGUUCGCGCUCUUCUUCAAGAUUGGAAAGGACUUUUGGAUACUUCCGAGCUGCUAUUCAUCAGGGCGACAGGAACGACGAAUAGAAGGACUUUGUUUGGGCCAUAUGAGGGACAAGUUCUUCAGGCCAACGAUGCUCGUAUCAGAGGAUUCCCAUUUAGUACCAGGAGAGCCACUCAGAACGAGCUAAUGCGAUCAUUUAUCGAGCUGACUCGACUCAAAGUACGAGAAAUCGUCCCACCCAAACCCGGAUCCGACAAGGCAAACUUGACACAAAGCAAGUCUGUAGCAACCGCUAAGCCAGCAAAACCAACUCUAUCAGAAGAAGAGGAAACGGCAAUCCUUCAUACAUCCCAAUUACAAGCCUUUGUGCGACGGUCCAAGUUACCCGCUCUCCUAUCAUAUCUCACCAAGAAUGAGCUUAGCUCAGACUUUGAAUUCUACCCUCCUGAACAAAACUAUCAUACCCCCCGCCUCCUACAUUACGCUGCUGCACAAAAUUCUGCACCAUUAGUGCUGGGGAUUCUUACACGAGCCGGUGCGAACCCACUGCUUAAGAACAUGGAAGGAAAGACGGCUUUUGAGCUUGCUGGGGAUCGUCCUACGCGCGAUGCCUUUAGAGUAGCACGCUCUGAGCUCGGCGAUGCCAAAUGGGAUUGGGACAUAGGCAAGGUUCCUCCGGCCAUGACCAAGGACGAAGCUGAUCGCCGUGACGAGAGAGAAAAGCAGGAGGCAGACAAGAAGGAGGCAGACAGAAGAAAGGCAGAGGAGGAGAGACUCCGUGCUGAAGGGCCAAAAGUUCCAGACCAGAAGGCAAAAAAAGGGAACAAUGUGGCUUCUAUGAUUGCAAAGACGCCGCAAGAACGCAGGGAGGAGGAGGCGAGAGGACUGACGCCUGAGAUGAAGAUGAGGUUGGAACGAGAAAGAAGAGCGCGAGCGGCAGAAGAGAGGAUCAAGAGAAUGCAAGGAGGUAGCUAA